GAUUUGUUUGGCAAAAGAAGUGUUCAGUGUGUUCAGGCGGGUCUACCGAGCAGCAUUUAGGUUAUUCUGCUACAAUUAAGGUCCCGAUUGAGUAGCAGACUCAACGCAUACAUAUUUAGACUCUAUACCAAAAAUUGUCCUGCCAGCAAUGAUUCUGGGCUUGCAAUUAAAGAUCCAUUGCUCUAUACACAUAUAAAUAUUCAUUCUGAGAGCUUACUACUUUCCCUAAUAGUUCUGGGCUUCAACCAAAUCGGCCCUGCUUGCCAACCUUAUAUUGGCACUGGAUCUGUCAUAAGCUCCUCAUUAUCGCCGGGAUAGAAGAUGUGGAUCUUGGAGUAUCUGAGUUGUCGACAGCCGUCUUAGAGUUUCAGGGUCAAACUUUAAACUCUGUAGUAUUAAACACGGAGCUUAUCAGAUUAGAGCCCUCUUCUAACUUCUGUUUAAUAAUCUAUGUUUCGAAACUGGUGGAAAAGGCAAUUUUUUUGAAGUCAUAUGCCAACAAUUGUUCGCUAUUGGUGUCUAACCAUCUCGUCUUUCUUUCCCAUAUGCUGAGGAAAAGCCAGAGAAACAUUGCACACAAAAGGCGAACUACGCUGCUCCGAUUUAGACGCCGGGGACUAGCCAGAUCCAUUAACCACCCAUUGCAAACGAAGAGCUCUUGCUGCCUUGAGAGUCCGGAAUAUUGCUGGCACAAUUAAGAUCUAUUUAUUGUAGUCGGAUAAAUUAUUUUUAAUCCAGUACCAAAACUUUGCAUGCCUUAAAAAAUCUGCUCAUCUGCACCACUUUCCUACUGCCCGGUUAGAAGCGGGAUUGGGUAGUCGCUACAACAGUAACAACAACAGACGCAGAGUUUGAAAAGAUGGCUGAGUAUCCAAAUAUAUUCAUGUAUUGCCUAAAGCGGAGAUAAGGUGAUAUUGUUGUUUUAGCGGCUACGUUUACAAAUUAAUUCAUCUAAAUCGCCGAGGUCGUCUAUUGGGAGGUCCAGGAAACGUACUGUUUCGACGGGAUGGGACCAGAUGAAGAGGGAGACUGGUCGAGUUUGGAUUGAUAGGAGUUGAACCUGCUACAGUAUCCAGACCUAAGUUGUGCUCUCAACUCUCAAGACAGCCGGUUCUCUACGCAUCGGAGUUGACUGGAUUUAUCCGGCCAAGGGCUGUCACCCUUUUGGCGAUCUAACCCCUUUAAGUCAACAGGAAACAAAAUGGAUUCGUGGAUAAGAGAAACUGCACUGUCUGAUAACCAAGAUUUAUCAAUCUCUUGCUUUAAAAUGAUAAGCUGGUUAAGUACUGAAUUUUAUGGGGCAUUAACGUAUAAAGAAGUUGAAACUAUCCUUAUUUGUGCUGCUUUUGUAGACAUCAUCGUAGAUAUUUCUGGAGAGGACUUUAAAAAUGAUUUAAUAAAGAAAUAUCCACAUCAUAAGUUAUUUUUAAAGGACUUUUUUAGAAAAUUAAAAGAAAUUAGUGUUACACAAUAUUCAGCCGCCAAAAUAUUAGCUACUGAAGAUGGUUACAAACACGUUUAUACAGUUGAAAGUAUUUUGAAGCAUUUUAAUGUUGAUAUUUCCGUAGUAUACAACUAUAAGAUGCCUUCAAGAAACGUAUGUACGGAGACUCCAAAGUAUAAAAUGCUGGUGUUAGUUGAGAAAAUUUUUCAGUUGGCACCUGAAAACAUUGAUAUUGCCGUGGACAGGUUGUUCAACUGCUGUGAUUUCUCAUUGCUCGGUUACAUAUUCUUAGAACCGCUAAGCAGCAUUCAUAUUAGUAAAUAUAAGAUUAUAGAGCAUAAAAUUUGCCAAAAGAUCAGCGACAAAAAUGUUAAUCAUUCUUUUAUAAAAUCGAUGUACAUGACAUCUGCGAAUUCAGUUAAGGGUGCCAACUUUUAUAAAUCAUGUUUUGAAAAUGUGGUUUUUGGUAAUAGUUUAACAAAUUUCUUCAUCGCAUAUUUUAAUAAUUUCGAAAAAGAAGAUUACUACAAGUCAUUAAAUGCUCAACAUAAACUAUCUGAUAUUAUUUUUCUGGUAAAUUGUGCGUUGUCUUCGAAGUCUUCUGCGCUUUCGAAAUUAAUCGAAAGUAUACGUAAUAACACAACAAUUAAACAUCUUAUAAAUAAGUCAUUUUUCAAUUAUAAUUAAUAGUGAAUUAUAUAUGCACAUAUUUCUCACACAUGAAGUAUAUUUUACCUCCUUUUAUAUUAUAGAAGGAUUUUUUCUUUGCAUUGUUAAUAAUUAAACCAGACUGAAGUCAUUCAGUAAAAUAAUAUACAUAAAUAUAUAGAGAACUUGUCAAAUGUAUACGAAUGUUCAAAUAGAUACUGUAAAUAGAUAAUUCAUUAACAAUAAAAGAAAACAUCCCUUUCCGUAA